CAUGGAACAAAAUGUGCUGGGAUCAUCGUGGGCGCAGAAAGCGGUGUGUGUGGUAAAGGAGUAGCAUAUAAUGCCCAGAUUUCAGGUAACUUGUUUAGGAUUAAACGAAAAUGCAGUUGGCAUAGGGAAAGUAUUAAUUGAGACAUUCAUACCAAAAUUUAAGUGGCUUGAGGUAUGAGUCCCUGGGUAUUGGCAUCAGCAUAAUUAGACUGUCGUUUAAACUUUUUUUCAUAAACACAUAUCUCAGUGACUUAACCCUUUAAGCCCUAAGAGUGUUCAGCAUGAAAUUUCUCCCUAUGAUUUCAGUUCUUUUUAAAACAGAGUGGUGAUGAGAAUUGAGGACAUGAUCAAAGAAGAUGAAUCUGAUUGGUACUUCAGCAAAUUCUCCCUAAUUUUUCUGUAGAAAACGUAAAGGAACAACUAAUGCGAAUUUGAAGUAAUGAUCCGGGUAAGACGGGAAGCAAUUUCUUUUGUCUGCGAAUCACAAUGAGUAGUAAUGAAAGAAGGCAAUCACAUGAUCACUUUGAAACCGUUCUAUUAUUGAAUUUACUCACUUCUCUGGAAAGGUAUUCGCAUAUACACCAACAAUAGACGUUCAACAGACCAAUCAGAAGCCCUGGGUUUGAGCUUUCAGAGGGACAUUGUUGAUAUAUACUCAAACGGCUGGGGACCAGGGGACAUGGGAUGGCAAGUUAAAGGGCCUGGCCCUUUACUAAAAGAGGUUCUGGAGAAAGGAGCGCAAUUGGUAAGUUUUAUGGAUCAGUUGAAGUUUCUGGGUAACUGACCAUCUACCCCUCCCCUAAGUCACAAUUUUGCCCUACGGGAGAAGUAAGUGUAAAUGUUGAUUUAGGGGAGGGACAGGUGGUCAAUUACCGGUAUCUGAGGUUCGAUCUCAUAUAUAAUUCAUAAAGAUAUACAACGCCGAAUUUUAUUGGUCGAGUUUGCUUUAGCAGAGCGAGACUCCACAAAUGCAAGCGUUUUUUUUUCCGUCGGUCCGUCGCAAAAAGGCUCCCAGGCAUUCCUAAUGGAGACCGUGACUGAGGAUAAGAAUCGAGACGACUUUAAUUGUAUGCAAAUGAGUCUUGUGAUGAGCAUGCGCUUUAUUGUCGGCUAUAACUAAAAUAACGCAUGUAAGUUGACUAUGUUCGCUGGCAAUGAUGUAAUUUUCCCUGAACGAGGCCCUUGAUUUUCGUGUAAUUGUGCACUUGUAUUAAAAAGUAAAUACCCCGACUAGGAUGAGAAAAUUGUAUUGAGGCCUUACGUUUCUCAGAAUUAAUGUUGUCGCAAUUACUGGAACCCUACGGUUAAACAGAUUCACUUCGUUGUUUGUAUUUAAUUUAUAGUCGCGUUGCACUUUAUAAGUGCUUGAGAUAUCAAUGAUUUAACCUUCGAGUACUACUAGAAGCAACUUCAGCUACGCGUCUCACGUUACGUGUGUGAUGUGUACUUGAUUAUCACGCACUCCACUUACAGCACUUCGUGUCCAUAAAUAGAAAUCCCAUAUCAAGCUUUUCCGAAACGGGUCGGUCCACGAAUUCAAUCGCUUGAAAGCGUUGAUUACUUUGGAACAAUUUACUACUUUUUAAAUUUAUUAUAUUAAAAGAACAAUCGCAAUCUCAAUAAGCAAAACUUCGAGGUUCACUGGAAAACCAGGAGCGAAAAUCGAGAAUAGAGGAUGGAGGAUCGAGAAUCGGGGAUCGGUUAAAAAACUUGAAAAUAAAAUAAAUAAAUAAAUCGUGGGUUGUGGUGAUGUGGGCCGCAGACGGUACAUAAAUUUCACAAAACAUAACCCGCUCACUGUACUGAGCACUAAAUUUAAGUAAACUACUCCGAGUCUGACUAAGUCAGUGAUUGUUUUGACAAAAAAAUGAAAUUUUCCUGGAAAAUGAAUUAACGCUUUAUCCCAGUGAUACUGUGAUAAAAUGCACGCCAAAUACUGCUCUAAACAUUGUACUGUGAGAUCGCGUAAACAUUUACUGUACGAAGAUACUAAAAGCAGAUACUAAGCAGCUGUGGAAAAUGUAAUUACUUUCACGCAAUUUUGAUAUCUUAUAAAACGGACAACAAAUUCAACAGGAAUACGCACCGGAACAGAAGUAACUGUCUGUUGUAUAAGGUUCUGCUAAACUUACACAUUUUUCCUGUGCUGAACAAAUGGUGUACCGAGCCGUAUCCUGUCCGCUACAUAGACGCUAUAUAUAAUGUUUUGAGUGUAAAAUCCCUAAAAGAGUUCUCCUCAUUGGAGCAAUAUCAAUAUGCCGAAUGUUUUCAAAGGCUUCACACCGGCGUGAAGCUAAGAUGUGCAGUCUCUUUGCAAAUUUUAAGUUUUGAGUAUUUACAUUAUGACAUAUAACACUCGUUUAGUAUUCCAGACGAAAAAGUUGCAUAACAGCUCGAGCUGACAAUAAAUUUUAACUCCAAGGAAGCGAGACUCAACGCUACUAAGAGCGUUCUUAUUUACAAUUUUCUUAGUCAAACUAGUCCAGACUCAAGGAUAAUUGAAAUAAUGGAGAGAUCUAAAGAAAAUGUUUUGAAGCACUGCAAUAAAUUUGCUCGAAAACGCUCGGCUUAUCCUCGUGUUUUAACAGCAACAAAACUCCACAGCAUUUUUACAGCGGUUACCACUAACACGCGCCCUUGAAGGGUUUUUUCUCUCUGUUGAAACCUGAGUUUUUGUGGACAUCAGUCAACUGUUUCCAUAGUUUUCUCACGCGCUCUGACAGAGAAGGUUCCCUCAUCGCCGAAUGAAGGGCGAAGACUUACAAGAACAAUUCCAAUGACGACGACGUUUUCAAUUAUUUCAUUAAGAUUAAGGCCAGGAUUACAUUGUUAAAACGAUGAGGUCUCUGCGAGCUGAGUGAAAUAACCAAAACACUCUCUUUAGUUUACUUAAUGGCUUUGAGGUUGUUUAUUUAUUUAAUUGUAUGAAAACACGGGAGCUGUGGACGAAUUGCCAAGGAGUAGAACCGCAGGUUUGAACCGAGGAAAAAACCCUUUCAGGGCGCGUGUUAGUGGUAACCGCUGUAAAGAAUACAUAACAUAACUUCCCAUGAAAGCAGAACCAAAAUCGCUUACUGCAAUAGGCUGUUUUCAGUCUCACUAAAUCAGUAUUAAUCUCGAAGGUUUUUCUUAACUAUAAGAUUCCUUUGCGAUGGAAUUAAACUGAAUUUAUUAACUGAAACCACAACGUUUGUUCUAAAAUAUAUCCAUAUACAGUCAACUCUGGCUUUGGGGACACCCCGCUAUAACGGACACUCCCAUGAUACGGACAGCAGCUAAAUCCCAAGCAAAAAAUAGAGUACAGAUGUUUGACUGAAAUAGACUCCCCGCUAUUACAGGCUCUCGUUAAAGUGGGGACUAACUCAAGGUCCCUACAGUAUCCGUCGAUUUUCCGCCCGGACAGUUUUUUCUUUUCUUUAUUUUUCAGGGUCGUAAUGGAAAGGGGUCAAUCUUCGUAUUUUCUGCAGGAAAUGGUGGAAUUACUGGUGACAGCUGUGCAUUCAAUGGCUACGUGAAUAGUAUCCACACCAUAGCUAUUUCAGCUGUAAAUUGGGAUGGCUCAGUACCAGUUUACACUGAGCAAUGUGCAGCUAUCAUGGCGGUGACUUAUGGCCAGGACAUGUUUCCAUUUCAAAACAUUGUACCUCCCAUGGUGAGAUUAACGCUUACUCUGUAUACCCAAACAUCGAAUAGAAAUCAAAGCAAAGGAACGAUGGAGUGUUGAUGAAAUGAAACCCGCGUGUGUAAACAAAAUAUUUGCUUGCAAAUAGAACUUUUAUGUCUUCUCUCUUUGACCUGCGUUUAUUUUAUGGUCGGGGGGACUGGAUCUGGGGGAGGUGUCAAUGGCCAUUAUGUUCACCCCUCCUAGGUAUUUGACAAGUCACGUGAACUGGCAAGCCAUGUGGUUGUCAUUCGUCUCUGUUGCUCGGCGUGAGAAGCUGCUUUAGACUUUAUGGGUUUGGUUUUGGGCGGAGAGAGAAAGACAAAAGGGCUAUUUCCUGAAAUUCUUGUGUUUUCUAACAUCCCCUCUUAUAUUAAAGAGGUUUGGUUCUGUUAAAUAUAAGUCGCGACUAGGCGUAGCGCCGCGCCCGUUUUUGAACUGAACUGUUAACCUUCUCACGACAUAAAUAGGAAAAUCUUUGUUUUCAGUUUUCCCUCAUUAUGACUCGUUAUGUUCAUCUUCGAAAAUCUCAGUCUGAGAAUCGAAUCCCUCUUUGAUGCUAAAAACCGGAAAUUUUACUUAAGAGCAUUGAGCUCAUUAACUUGUUUUCCACGUAGUAGUUAUUUUGCAAUUUCAAGGCGUCAGCAGAAACGCCUAAAAGAGUUAACUGUGAAUGUUUGAAUAUCCCUGAAAACGACAGAUAUCAUCUGAUGACACGAAAUUUAGAUGUUAAAAAUAAAAUAAAAAAUGAGUUUUCACAGGAAAACAAAGUUUUACUAAACAACGUUUCUUUUUAAAGUGGAAAGGAUGUGGUCCUCUUUAGCCUUUUAGAAGCUAUUAUAGAAGAAUUUUUGUCUCUCUUUGGUUUUGUUUUGUUUGCUUUUUGUUUACAAAAGGUUUCAGUUUCAAAAUCCAAUUCUUUGAAGGUAAAUUUAACGAUUGUAUAAAUUGUUUGUUCUUUAUUCGAAACGAAGUGAAACUGGGUCUCUUGUACCUGUCUGAAAAUAGUUUGCGAGUGCUCUCUCGGGUGACUUCUCGCGACUCCCCCUAAUUGAGAGCUUACUUGCCGUGGGGCUACCUUGCAGCCGUUUUGCGUGACGACACCAAAAACUGCUGCGAAGGAGACUAGGCUAGUCUAGAACAAGAUAGGAAAUGAACGGAUUUGUUUUACACUGGCACAUGGUUUGAAAGCCCCCCUAAGUUCUCUGUCGAAGUGCAAAUCACGCCUCCGAAUAGACCUAACCCCUUUCAUAAUGGCGGCUCAUUUAUUUGGUCUUUCAAAUGUAUACCUAGCCGGAACUUUGAAAACGUUAUCGCCAAAUGGACCUUUUGCGUCCAACAGUUUUUUUCGGCCAAAAACUAUCUCCAAAGUAGCUAUUAUAAAAACUAAGAGUGCAACCAUUUUUCUUCUCCUCUUUUCUUUCUCCUCGUUCGUCCUUUUUCUCCUUUCCUUUUAAUUUCCUUCGUCACCAUGAUUUUGGAGCUUCUCGGGCUUAACAAACCUGCCUUUUGACCCCUUCUCACUCAAUUGACUGCAAAGUUCGCUAGGUUGGUUUUUAAAAAAUCGGUUAGAAUUAAAUGAAUCUUUUUGGACUCGUUUGAAAGUAAGAAUUCUUUUGUAUUUUGUACACGCUAACGAGGUUCAUAAUCAUACAUUUAAAAAGAAUAUGUUAAUAGGCCGCCAUUAUGAAAGAGGUCUAUAACCUUAUUACUAAAGUCUUCGAGUCUUAUGCAGUUCUUGCAUUCAUCUGUAGGUAACAACCCAGAAUUCCAGAGGUUGCACGGAUAGAUUUCCGGGUACUUCUGCGACAGCCGCAAUGGGCUCUGGUAUCAUUGCUUUGGUACUUCAGGCAAAGUAAGAUUUGCUGAAAGAGUUCUAGUGUUCCGGUUAAACAAGUUUUAGCUAGAAAGGUCUCGUCGUUUCGUUUUCACACAGUCCUCAGUGGUUCAUGAUGUUGUCGUCUUCAAAAACACUGGAUAGGAAUGCCACUUGUUAGAGCUUAAUAAAUGCAUUUCUCCUCCUCCUCCAUUUAAAUUUUUUUGCCCCUUAAUUGGUUGUCGCUAAAAUGCAACACUUACUUUGUCGCAGUGUAACAUCAGUGUCAUAUGUUUCCGCUUUUGAAAUUAUUAUUGUCAGUGAUAUGUUACUCCUUCCAGUUUACGUUUUUCGCUACAUUUAACAAUAUCUAGCUAGUUAUUCCUUUCGUGAUUUAUUACUUUUAAUUAAUUUUAGCCCGAAGCUAACAUGGCGUGACGUUCAACACAUAAUUGUUAGAGCUGCUAAGCCUAUAACCUCUCCAAACCGUGAAACCCGCUGGAGGCGUGACAAACCUUCCUGGAAUCGCAACUCAGCUGGUCUUUUAGGUUUGUGUUAUUCAUAUGAUAGUUUGAAAUGUUUCGUCUUGGAGCGCGUUCGAUUGAAAUGAAAUGUCAACAUCACUUGUAUUGGCUUUAGUUGCAUGGUAAAACCUAGACAAAGUGGAAACUUGUCAGUAAUUAUGAAGGAUGUAUACCGCAGUAGUCCCAAAAUUCGCAGUCAUGUCCAAUGCUGCCGCACUGUUUCCGACCGUUAAGAGCAGUUGACGGAUCGUAUGCCCCGUACAAACCGUCGGCAUUGCUAACAGUCCGUAUUCUGAGCACUUAACAAGUGUCUAUCUCAUUAUCAUAUCAUGGAACAGUGUGUUACGGAUCGUAACGGUCCGAAUGCUUGAUUUAUAUAGAUCGUUAUUUCCUCGUUGUAUAAGCUAUAUAAGCCAUAAAGCGAAACAAGCACGCCCCAACAGUAAUAUUCCUCGUUCUAUAAGCCAUGAACCAAAACAAGCGCGCUUCAAACGUAAUAUUCCUCGUUCAUAAGCUAACAAGACGAUAUAGGAGUGUACACUUCGGCGUUGUGGUUGUGGAAUUAAUUGUGAAUGCAGAGGAAUAGUAAGAAUUUAUAUUUUUCAGGAUACCGUUCCAUACAAAUACCCUUACUUUUUUCCGUUUGUGUAACAGACGUCUUAACUUCUUCCUCCGCGCUUAAAAUGCAACUUUCCUCGUUCUAUAAGCCAUAUACCAAAACAAGCGCGCUUCAAAUGUAACAUUCCUCGUUCCAUAAGCCAUAAACCUCAAGAAGGCAGCGCGCUUCAACUGUAAUAUUCUUUAGAUUUGUCACAAAUUUUUUGCAUACUAUUAUUCUGGAACACAAUCAAUCGAACACACCCUCAAUUUUCUCUUCUGAAUUAGGUUUAGUUUUGUCCAAACUUUUUACACUUCUUUUAAUGGUAAUAAUUUCUUGACCUGGCAUUCAUUUCUGUUCAGACCGGAGGGCUAAAAUGCCUUCGCUGACUUUUAAAGAUUAGAAAGAACCCUGAAUUUGUAUGGCAUACAGUAAAACGCCGCGACUAAGAACCUGAGUUUUUCCAAUUAAGUUAGCCUAAACAAGUUCUUAUAUAAAUGGUAGUUAACACAAGUUUAGGCUAUUUAGGUUCUUAAAUAGGUUCUUAUUUUCUGAAGAAAAAAAUACAAUAGAGCUAACAGCAUUUAGUGGUGCAGCUAAUAUUCCUCACAAAAAAUCUAAGCCCUCUUCGUUUCCCCCUAAUCUUGGCAGCCAUAUUGAAAUCUCUGUCUUCACAGCAAAAGCACCCCCAAACUCUCUUACUAGAAGUUAUUUCUUGUUUAUAUUUUGUUUGUUUGUUUGUUUUUUAUUUCAGUGAGUAGUGACUUCGGAUUUGGAUUGAUGGAUGCGAAAAAAAUGAUUGAGUACGCUAAGAAGUGGCGAACCGUGCCUCGGCAGCUGUCAUGUGAAGCUCAGCUAAAUGCUACAAUUUUCAAGUAAUUAACCGCAUUAUAUUCGACUGGGUGAUUACUAAGGUUGUAUUUAUGGAGGCUUGUAUCCAGUAACAAAUUAUAUGAUUCUUUACCUUCGGUGAAUACAAACGAACCUCCCGUAAGCGACCAUCCAAAAUGCGAAGAUUUAGUUGUCGCUUAAGGGAGGUGACACGGUCGCUCACGAGAGUGGAACAACAUAGGGUCUCUUCCAAGACGAAAAGGUCCCUACACAACAAGUUUUCGCUGUCGCUUACGAGGGGUUCCAACUGUCGGGCUUUGACCGGCUAAAUUUUGGUGUUUUGAAUCUGUGGUCGCUUAAGAGGGUGGGUCGCACUUGAAGGUUUGUUUCUACUGACAGGAUUGUUUGAAAGGACAACAUCAUCAAAUCCUAGUCAAAUUUUUGAGUUGUCUUUUUUUUUUUUACUUUUCUUUUAUAGUGGUGGUGGUGAUGGUGGGGGGGAGGGGAUACAAAUCCUUAAAGGUGCAUCUGGACUCGAACUUUUCAUUUCUUUUGUCACGAAUCCACGAAAUCUGAAAUUUGAACUUAGAUUCUUAUGAGAGGUGGGGGAGGUUUGACUGGAUUAAACAUAAACUAAUGUUAUAUUAUUUAUUCAUUCAUUCAUUCGUUUACUGGUUACUUAUUCAAUAAGUUGAAAUUUUUUUCCUAAGUUCCUCUAGGUUAGUUAUUCCUUGGCGCGGAGAUUUACGUCUUACCAUACCUCUAAAGCAGGAAAAGUGUAACAUCCAGUAUUUGGAACAUAUGCAGGCAGAAGUUAAUCUACGAUUUCCCCGACGAGGUUAUCUGGAGAUGUUCUCAACAUCCCCUGGAGGAACCCGGUCUAAACUUCUUUACUCGCGUAAGAUAGACAUCUUAACGCGCCGUAAAACGUUGACAGACUGGCGAGUUACUAGUCUACAUUAUUGGGGAGAAAAGCCUUUUGGAAACUGGAAUUUUACCAUACGAAGCGCAAGGCCAUGGAGCAACCUUGGGGCAGGUAAAUAA